AAUGCGUUUGUUAUUGUCAUGCGGCAGAUUAUUGUCAAAGUGUUUAUCACGUCACUCUCGAGCAGGAGUUUGCGAAUGCUUAGAGACGUUUCCGAAAGCACAGGUAGCGAGUUACUGCUGCCAGCCUGGGUCAAAACAUGUUUCCCUCUCUUAUGCAUCGUACGAAUCCACUCAAGCCGAGGAUCAGAGGUCGCCAAUUAUCAUCCUUCAUGGACUUUUUGGCAGCAAGAACAACUGGAAAAGCUUGUCUAAGGCGAUGAUCAACGCGACCAAACGUAAGGUCUAUGCUUUGGAUGCCCGUAACCACGGAGAAAGCCCGCACACUGAAGAAAUGGACUACAUACUGAUGGCCAAUGACGUAGAUCUUUUUUGCAAAGAGCGUGACCUUCAGAAGGUUGCUAUCAUCGGACACAGUAUGGGAGGCAGGACUGCCAUGACUUUUGCCUUGACAAGACCAUCCAUGGUAGAACGACUUGUGGUGGUGGAUGUGUCUCCGACAACCAUGCCAUCCAUUGUCAUACACGACAACGUCCUUGUCAACCACAUUAACUCCAUGGAUAGUGUUUUGCCUCAACUCUCACCGGACAUGUCCUCCCCGGCAGCUCGUAAGGAAGCUGAUCGUAUCCUGGCGAAUGAUAUACCUGAAGUUGCUGUGCGACAAUUUCUGCUGGCCAACCUUCAGAAGGGGGAACGCUUAUACGAGUGGCAGUUCAACUUGAAGGCACUGAAGCAAAACCUUCCCAAUAUCAUCCAGAUGCCCGACUUGAAAGGGCUCACCUACGACGGAGAUACCCUGUUUAUCUGUGGUGGUGACUCUCCAUAUGUGAGCAAACGUGAUCAUGGUGCCAUCAAGGAGAAGUUCCCCAAGGCCAACGUAGUUUACAUCAAGGGUGCCGGACAUUGGGUUCACGCCGACAAACCUGCAGAAUUCUUAAACUUGAUCAAAGAGUUUAUGGGUGACGGCACGUCGUAGUUGCUAUCGUCAUCUCGCACUGUUAUGUUGUCACAGCUGCUGUAUUUUGCCACUCGUUAUUUGUACAGUAGUUGCUCGCUUUUUUUUAAGUAGAACGUAUUGCUCAAUAAAUUUUGUAUACAAAAUCU